AUUAUAAAAAAAUUUAUUCUGAGAAGGGGGUCCAAAGGCUUCACAUUAAAUUACCAGAGUGAUCCAUGAUACAAAAAAAUGGAUAAGAGCACCUCAUCUAGUCUAACCCUUUAUUUUACAAAGAGGAAAUUGGGGGUCAGGGAAAUUAAGUAAUGUACUUACAAUCCCAUAGCUAUUAGGCGCCAGAGUAACAUUUGAACUUUAGGUCUUCUGACUUCAAAUGCUGUUUUUUUCAAUUGUGCCACAUUAUUUUCGAGCAUUUAACCAUAUUGUAGGAUUGGAUGACAAGACGUUAGAGUGUGAUAAGUGCAGAAGAACAGUAUGAUGUUAAGAAAUCAUUUCUUGCUGAGGGGGUUCAGAGAAAGUUUCAUGGAGAAAAAGUGGCAAUUGAAGAAUGGAGAGGAUAUUAAAAGUGGAGAUUGGGAAAGAACAUAUUCCAUGUCUUUUCUAAGGAAUAGCAUGGGCAAAAAUGGGAAAAUGGAGGAUAAUUUGGAAUUGGGUUUAGGAGUUAGUGAAUAUAAUUUGACCAAGUAGAAUAUGUAAGACUGGAAAGAUCAAUUAGAACCAUUUGGUAGAAACUAUACAUGGUUAAAGAUCUGUGGGCUUUAUAGUGUAGAGGCAGUGUCACUUUCUGAUAUGUGGAGGAAUAUCAUCAAACAUAUUUGUGAAUUAGGAAGAUUAUAUUGGCAGCAAUGUGAAAGUAGGAUGAGUUAUCAGAAGAAGGUAAUGAAGGCAGAGACCUGUUAGAUGUGGCUUUUAGUGGUCCAAAGAAAAAUCCUCUUUAGAAUCUGAAGAGUAAAACAGAAAGAAUGAGACAUUUUGAACACAGCUCUUAGUUUGGAUUGGACCAGUAGGACAAGCUAGAAUGUAACAUAUAUUUUGGGAUUAAAUACGAAUGCUUCCUGUCACUUGUUUUGAGAUGCUCUUCAUUUUCAUGAGCUCAUAUCUCAUAGAUUCUUAGGAAUUAUACAUUUCUUCUAUUACUUAAAUACAUGUCUAAAAUAUUAUUCAGAGACUUUUUUUUUUGGUAAUAUAUGGCCAUUAGGAGAAAGUUUAAGAUAAUUCUGAGAUUUUGAACAUGGAGAAUAAACUUAGAGAAUGCUAUUAAUAAAAUAGGAACAUGUGACAAAUAAGACUCAAUGAAGAGGAAAAAGAUACUGAAUUCAGUUUUAAACAUAUUGAGGUGCCAGUACCUCUAGGUGGAAAUGUUCAACAGGCAAGUAGAAAUUUAAACUCUAGGCUAUAUUCAAUUUGAUACUACAAACAUUUAUUAUAGAUGUAGAUUUGAAAAUCAUCUCUUAUAUUAGUGAUAGUUAAAACUAAAGGCGUAGAUAACUGAAUAGAGAGAGAAAACUAAGAUCUGAACUUAGAGAAAAUCUAUAUUAAAGAAGUAGAAAAAAGAAAUGAGGAAGGUAGAAGAAAAAAGAAAUGAGAAAGAUAGCAGGAAAGUUAUACAAAUGUGGUAUGGAGGUCAGAACAGUUGACUCCAAGGAAGAAGAAUGUUAAGAGUUUUUUUUUUUUAAAAAAGGUAACUGAUAUUGGAAAUUGAGAUGCCUUUGCCCUUUGAGAAGUCAAUUUUCGUAGAGUGUUAGGACUAGACCCUCCCUUACAAGGAACUGAGGAAAAAGUUGGGGGUAAGUAAGUGGAAUUGGGAAGUGUAGAUUUAGUUCAACAAGCAUAGCAGGAAAAGGGAUGAGAGGAAAAGAAAUGGAAAUUAGAGUGCACUGAAAAGUUGAAGGAAGCAUGUUUUGAUUGUUUCAAGAAAAGAAAAUUUGAAUAUGUUUGUAGGCAAGGAGAAAGGCACUGGAAAAGUUUGGAGAUACUGGAGGCAGAAAGUAGGGUUUUUGUUUGUUUUUUAAGGCAGAAGAGAUAAGAUUAGAGUUUUUAAAAGAGUUAUCAGAUGGAAGUGAUAAGACUACUUGACUCUAGAAUACUGAACUAGGAACAAAGAAUGGAACCUUCAUUAAGCAGUUUUAGACUCUAUUUAAGGCAAAACCUCUUAAACUAAUUGUCUAUAAGUGGAAUGGAUCGCCUCUGGAAGUAGAAGAUUCUUCUACCCUAGAGGUUUUCAAGAGAAGGCAGGAUGAACAUGUGUCAGGAAAAUUCUAGAGAGAUUCCUGCUUGGAUAUAGACGUCUGACUAUAGAAUCUAUGACUUUCCUUCUGAUUUCAAGUCUGUGUUUUGUUUGUUUGUUUUUUCCCCCUAAACAUUUGAUGCAAGUGACCUCUGCUGAACUGAUUUAGUGUACCAGAUUUCUCUGCAUUGGAAAUGUGUAUGUUUCACAAAAUAAAUAUCUUCCCAGUUAUUUCUUAGUUGGACUUAACUGAUUAAUUCUUAUGAGCAGGCAGGGAUUUUGACCCAUGGCUACUCGCAUCUGCCUAUUUGUUCAGUAGGACAAUGAAUUAUGGUAAAGCAGAGGAAUAGUGCAGGUGUGUAUGUUUGCUUUGCAAACAUUUCUGUCUGCUUAGUCCAGAACAAACUGUGAGUUUUUAAUUUUAGAUUUUCCAGGAUCAUCCACUGAAGAAAAUCAGAGUACAAUAUGGAGAAGACAUAUCAAAUUUCUGCUUAUAAUUACUUUGUUUCAUUAUACUUUAAAAACUGUUUACUGAAUCAUUUGGUUGCUGUUAUAAAUUUAAAUAUAUCUGUAUGAUUGUUUUUUUUUUCUAUAGAGUUUCUUCAUAAUAAAAUAGUGAGGACUUGUAUCAAUCCCUUGUAUAUUAUUUUGACCCAUAUUUGAAAUUGUUUUUUUUUUUUUAUUUUUCCUAGGUCCUCCCAUGCCAUCCUCCUCAUCUAGUCCAUCAGUUAUUGAGCAUACACAUUCCCCUCCUCCAUCACCCAAUCUCCAUGACAACCAGAGGUGGUUGCUAAGUACUAGUGCCAUCCAGCCAGUUCAGGACUCUGACACUGAUGAUGAGUACAUUGCCAGCUCUUUUCUAGUGCAGACCGGUACGGUUUCAGUUUGUGCCCCAUGCGAUGAACAACCUGCCAAUAAUCAAGGACAGUCCACUCUGCAGCCUCUGCCACCUUCACACAAACAACAUUCUGCACAGCAUCAUCCAUCCAUCACUUCUCUCAACAGAAACUCUCUGACCAAUAGGAGGAAUCAGAGUCCGGCCCCGCCGGCUGCUUUGCCCGCCGAGCUGCAAACCACACCCGAGUCCGUCCAGCUGCAGGACAGCUGGGUCCUUGGCAGUAAUGUACCACUGGAAAGCAGGCAUUUCCUAUUCAAAACAGGAACAGGGACGACGCCACUGUUCAGUACUGCCACACCAGGAUACACAAUGGCAUCUGGCUCUGUUUAUUCCCCCCCGACUCGGCCACUACCUAGAAACACCCUAUCAAGAAGUGCUUUUAAAUUCAAGAAAUCUUCAAAAUACUGUAGUUGGAAAUGCACUGCCCUCUGUGCUGUAGGGGUCUCUGUGCUCCUGGCAAUACUACUAUCAUACUUUAUAGCAAUGCAUCUAUUUGGCCUCAACUGGCAAUUACAACAAACUGAAAAUGACACUUUUGAGAAUGGAAAAGUGAAUGCCGAUACUGUGCCAACAAAUACUGUAUCGUUACCUUCUGGUGACAAUGGAAAAUUAGGUGGAUUUGCGCAAGAAAAUAACACCAUAGAUUCAGGAGAACUUGAUAUUGGCCGGAGAGCAAUUCAAGAGGUUCCUCCAGGGAUUUUCUGGAGAUCACAGCUUUUUAUUGAUCAGCCACAGUUUCUUAAAUUCAAUAUUUCCCUCCAGAAGGAUGCACUAAUUGGAGUAUAUGGGCGUAAAGGCUUACCACCCUCCCAUACCCAGUAUGACUUUGUGGAGCUGCUGGAUGGCAGCAGGUUAAUUGCGAGAGAACAGCGCAAUCUGCUUGAGUCAGAAAGAGCUGGUCGACAAACAAGAUCCGUCAGUCUUCACGAAGCUGGUUUUAUUCAGUAUUUGGAUUCUGGAAUAUGGCAUCUGGCUUUUUAUAAUGAUGGGAAAAAUAUAGAGCAGGUGUCUUUUAAUACCAUCGUUAUAGAGUCUGUGGUCGAAUGCCCCCGGAAUUGUCAUGGAAACGGAGAAUGUGUUUCUGGGACAUGCCAUUGUUUCCCAGGAUUUCUGGGCCCCGAUUGUUCAAGAGCAGCCUGUCCAGUGUUGUGUAGCGGAAAUGGGCAAUACUCCAAAGGACGUUGUCUUUGCUUCAGCGGCUGGAAGGGUACUGAGUGUGAUGUGCCCACCACCCAGUGUAUUGACCCUCAAUGUGGAGGUCGUGGGAUUUGUAUUAUGGGCUCUUGUGCUUGCAACUCGGGAUACAAAGGGGAAAACUGUGAAGAAGCUGAUUGUUUAGAUCCUGGCUGCUCUAAUCAUGGUGUGUGUAUCCAUGGAGAAUGUCACUGCAACCCAGGAUGGGGUGGAAACAAUUGUGAGAUUCUGAAAACCAUGUGUCCGGACCAGUGCUCUGGGCAUGGAACAUACCUUCAAGAAAGUGGUACCUGUACUUGUGAUCCAAACUGGACAGGUCCAGAUUGCUCCAAUGAAAUAUGCUCGGUGGACUGUGGCUCACAUGGGGUUUGCAUGGGGGGAACUUGUCGCUGUGAAGAAGGCUGGACUGGCCCAGCAUGUAAUCAAAGAGCCUGCCACCCCCACUGUGCGGAACAUGGAACCUGCAAAGAUGGGAAGUGUGAAUGCAGCCAGGGAUGGAACGGAGAGCACUGUACCAUUGCUCACUAUUUGGAUAAGAUAGUUAAAGCAGACAAGAUAGGAUAUAAAGAGGGUUGCCCUGGCCUCUGCAAUAGCAAUGGAAGAUGUACACUGGACCCAAACGGCUGGCAUUGUGUUUGCCAGCCUGGGUGGAGAGGAGCAGGAUGUGAUGUAGCCAUGGAGACUCUAUGCACAGAUAGCAAGGACAAUGAAGGAGAUGGAUUAAUUGACUGUAUGGACCCUGACUGCUGCUUACAGAGUUCCUGCCAGAAUCAACCCUACUGUCGUGGACUCCCUGAUCCACAAGAUAUCAUUAGCCAAAGCUUACAGUCACCAUCUCAGCAAGCUGCUAAGUCUUUUUAUGAUCGAAUUAGUUUUCUUACAGGGCCGGACAGUACUCAUGUCAUACCUGGAGAAAGUCCUUUCAAUAAAAGCCUUGCAUCUGUCAUUAGAGGCCAAGUACUAACUGCGGAUGGAACUCCCCUUAUUGGAGUUAAUGUCUCAUUUUUUCAUUACCCGGAGUAUGGAUACACCAUUACUCGCCAGGAUGGGAUGUUUGACUUGGUGGCAAAUGGUGGUGCAUCUCUCACUCUGGUAUUUGAACGGUCACCAUUCCUCACUCAGUAUCACACUGUGUGGAUUCCCUGGAAUGUCUUUUAUGUGAUGGAUACCCUAGUCAUGAAGAAAGAAGAGAAUGACAUUCCCAGCUGUGAUCUGAGUGGAUUUGUGAGGCCAAAUCCCAUCAUUGUGUCAUCACCUUUAUCCACCUUUUUCAGAUCUUCUCCUGAAGACAGUCCCAUUAUUCCUGAGACACAGGUACUUCAUGAAGAUACUACAAUUCCAGGUACAGACCUGAAACUCUCCUAUUUGAGCUCCAGAGCAGCAGGGUAUAAGUCAGUCUUGAAGAUCACCAUGACUCAGUCAGUUAUACCAUUUAAUUUAAUGAAAGUUCAUUUGAUGGUGGCAGUAGUAGGAAGACUUUUUCAAAAAUGGUUCCCAGCUUCACCAAAUCUUGCAUAUACAUUCAUAUGGGACAAGACCGAUGCAUAUAAUCAGAAAGUAUAUGGUUUAUCUGAAGCUGUCGUGUCUGUUGGAUAUGAAUAUGAAUCUUGUUUAGACCUAACUCUGUGGGAAAAGAGAACUGCCAUUUUGCAAGGAUAUGAACUGGAUGCAUCCAAUAUGGGUGGUUGGACACUAGAUAAACAUCAUGUGCUGGAUGUUCAAAACGGUAUACUCUACAAGGGAAAUGGUGAAAAUCAGUUCAUUUCUCAACAACCUCCAGUGGUCAGUAGUAUCAUGGGCAAUGGACGGAGGCGUAGUAUUUCGUGUCCAAGCUGCAAUGGUCAAGCUGAUGGCAACAAGCUCCUGGCUCCAGCUGCUUUGGCUUGUGGGAUCGACGGCAGCCUGUAUGUAGGAGAUUUCAACUAUGUGCGGCGGAUAUUCCCUUCUGGGAAUGUAACUAGUGUACUGGAACUGAGAAAUAAAGAUUUUAGACAUAGCAGCAAUCCAGCUCACAGAUACUACCUUGCAACGGAUCCAGUAACAGGAGAUUUGUAUGUUUCUGACACAAAUACCCGCAGAAUUUAUCGCCCUAAGUCCCUUACUGGUGCAAAAGACCUCACUAAAAAUGCUGAAGUGGUUGCUGGAACAGGAGAACAAUGCCUCCCAUUUGAUGAAGCAAGAUGUGGAGAUGGAGGCAAGGCUGUGGAGGCCACCCUCAUGAGUCCCAAAGGGAUGGCCAUUGAUAAGAAUGGAUUAAUCUACUUUGUUGAUGGAACCAUGAUCAGAAAAGUAGAUCAAAAUGGUAUAAUAUCAACUCUUCUGGGUUCUAAUGAUCUAACUUCAGCCAGGCCUUUAACAUGUGAUACCAGCAUGCACAUCAGCCAGGUGCGUCUGGAAUGGCCUACUGACUUGGCUAUUAACCCUAUGGAUAACUCCAUUUAUGUCCUGGAUAAUAACGUAGUUUUACAGAUCACUGAAAACCGUCAGGUCCGCAUUGCUGCUGGGCGACCAAUGCACUGUCAAGUCCCCGGGGUGGAAUACUCUGUAGGAAAACAUGCAGUUCAGACAACCUUGGAAUCAGCUACAGCCAUAGCCGUAUCCUACAGUGGGGUCCUGUACAUCACAGAAACGGACGAAAAGAAGAUUAACCGAAUAAGACAGGUCACAACAGAUGGAGAAAUCUCAUUAGUUGCUGGAAUACCCUCGGAAUGCGACUGUAAAAACGAUGCCAACUGUGACUGCUAUCAGAGUGGGGACGGCUACGCCAAGGACGCCAAGCUCAAUGCUCCUUCCUCCUUGGCCGCAUCUCCAGAUGGCACGCUGUACAUCGCGGAUCUCGGGAACAUCCGGAUCCGGGCUGUGUCAAAGAACAAACCUUUACUGAAUUCUAUGAAUUUUUAUGAAGUGGCCUCUCCAACUGAUCAAGAGCUUUACAUUUUUGACAUCAAUGGUACUCACCAGUAUACCAUGAGCCUCGUCACUGGUGAUUACCUGUACAAUUUUAGCUACAGCAAUGAUAACGAUAUCACUGCAGUGACAGAUAGCAAUGGCAAUACUCUCAGAAUCAGGCGAGAUCCCAACAGGAUGCCAGUAAGGGUGGUAUCCCCUGAUAACCAAGUCAUAUGGUUGACCAUAGGGACCAAUGGAUGUUUGAAAAGCAUGACUGCUCAGGGACUGGAGCUAGUUUUAUUUACUUACCAUGGCAACAGUGGUCUUCUGGCCACCAAGAGUGACGAGACUGGUUGGACUACCUUUUUUGACUAUGACAGUGAGGGCCGUCUGACAAAUGUGACAUUUCCAACUGGAGUGGUCACCAACCUUCAUGGUGAAAUGGACAAGGCUAUUACGGUGGACAUUGAGUCAUCCAGCAGGGAAGAGGAUGUCAGCAUCACUUCAAAUUUGUCAUCAAUUGAUUCUUUCUAUACCAUGGUUCAAGAUCAGUUAAGAAACAGCUACCAGAUUGGUUAUGACGGCUCCCUGAGAAUUAUCUAUGCCAGUGGCCUAGACUCACACUACCAGACGGAGCCACAUGUUCUCGCUGGCACAGCCAACCCAACAGUGGCUAAAAGAAAUAUGACUCUCCCUGGGGAGAACGGCCAGAAUUUAGUGGAGUGGAGAUUCCGAAAAGAGCAAGCCCAGGGAAAAGUCAAUGUCUUUGGUCGAAAGCUUAGGGUUAAUGGCAGAAACCUCCUUUCAGUUGACUUUGAUCGAACCACAAAGACAGAAAAGAUCUAUGAUGAUCACCGUAAAUUUCUGCUGAGAAUUGCCUAUGACACAUCAGGACACCCAACCCUCUGGCUACCAAGUAGCAAGCUGAUGGCUGUCAAUGUUACCUAUUCAUCUACGGGCCAAAUUGCCAGCAUUCAAAGAGGAACCACAAGUGAAAAAGUAGAUUAUGAUGGACAGGGAAGGAUUGUGUCUAGGGUUUUUGCAGAUGGGAAAACAUGGAGUUACACAUACUUAGAAAAGUCAAUGGUCCUUCUGCUUCAUAGUCAGCGGCAGUACAUUUUUGAAUAUGAUUUGCUGGACCGGCUUUCUGCUAUCACCAUGCCUAGUGUUGCUCGUCACACCAUGCAGACGAUCCGCUCCAUUGGCUAUUAUCGGAAUAUAUAUAACCCUCCUGAAAGCAAUGCCUCCAUCAUUAUGGACUACAAUGAGGAAGGGCUGCUUCUGCAGACGGCUUUCCUGGGUACCAGUCGGAGGGUCUUAUUUAAGUACAGGAGGCAAACAAGACUUUCAGAAAUUCUGUAUGAUAGUACAAGAGUCAGUUUUACUUAUGAUGAGACAGCAGGAGUCCUAAAAACAGUGAACCUCCAGAGUGAUGGCUUUAUCUGCACCAUUAGAUACAGGCAAAUUGGCCCACUGAUUGAUAGACAGAUUUUCCGCUUUAGUGAAGAUGGGAUGGUAAACGCACGGUUUGACUACAGCUAUGACAACAGCUUCAGAGUGACCAGCAUGCAGGGUGUCAUCAAUGAAACUCCACUGCCUAUUGAUCUCUACCAAUUUGAUGAUAUUUCUGGUAAAGUCGAACAGUUUGGAAAGUUUGGAGUUAUUUAUUAUGACAUUAACCAGAUCAUUUCUACAGCCGUCAUGACAUAUACCAAACACUUUGAUGCUCAUGGCCGCAUCAAGGAAAUUCAGUAUGAGAUUUUCCGGUCACUGAUGUACUGGAUUACAAUCCAAUAUGAUAACAUGGGACGAGUCACUAAGAGAGAGAUUAAAAUUGGACCUUUUGCCAACACUACUAAAUAUGCCUAUGAGUAUGAUGUUGAUGGGCAACUCCAAACAGUUUAUCUGAAUGAGAAAAUUAUGUGGCGCUACAAUUAUGAUCUGAAUGGCAACCUGCAUUUAUUGAACCCGAGUAACAGUGCUCGCCUGACCCCUCUUCGCUAUGACCUAAGGGACAGGAUCACUCGGUUAGGGGAUGUUCAGUACCGACUGGAUGAAGAUGGCUUCCUACGGCAACGAGGCACAGAGAUCUUUGAAUACAGUUCCAAAGGACUCCUGACUCGAGUUUACAGCAAAGGUAGUGGCUGGACUGUGAUAUACCGCUAUGAUGGCUUAGGGAGACGGGUAUCAACCAAAACAAGUCUAGGACAGCAUCUCCAGUUUUUUUAUGCUGAUCUUACUUACCCCACCAGGAUUACCCAUGUGUAUAACCAUUCCAGUUCAGAAAUUACUUCUCUGUAUUAUGAUCUUCAAGGACAUCUCUUUGCCAUGGAGAUUAGCAGCGGGGAUGAAUUCUACAUUGCAUCAGACAAUACUGGGACACCUUUGGCUGUUUUUAGUAGCAAUGGGCUUAUGCUGAAACAAAUUCAGUACACUGCCUAUGGUGAGAUCUAUUUUGACUCCAAUCUGGAUUUCCAGUUGGUGAUUGGAUUUCACGGAGGCCUCUAUGACCCACUCACCAAAUUAGUGCACUUUGGAGAAAGAGACUAUGACAUAUUAGCAGGACGAUGGACAACCCCUGAUAUAGAAAUCUGGAAGAGGAUUGGGAAGAAUCCAGCUCCUUUUAAUUUGUAUAUGUUUAGGAACAAUAAUCCUGCAAGUAAGAUUCAUGAUGUUAAAGAUUAUAUCACAGAUGUUAACAGCUGGCUGGUGACAUUUGGCUUCCAUCUACACAAUGCUAUUCCGGGAUUCCCUGUUCCCAAGUUUGAUUUAACAGAGCCUUCUUAUGAACUAGUGAAGAGUCAGCAGUGGGAUGAUAUACCACCAAUUUUUGGAGUCCAACAACAAGUGGCCAGACAAGCAAAGGCUUUCCUGUCUCUAGGGAAAAUGGCAGAAGUGCAGAUCAGCAGACGCAAAGCAGGUGGAGAGAAAUCGUGGCUAUGGUUUGCAACAGUCAAAUCUCUGAUUGGCAAAGGUGUGAUGCUUGCCGUGAGUCAGGGGAAAGUACUGACCAAUGUACUCAACGUGGCCAAUGAGGACUGCAUCAAAGUGGCAGCUGUCUUGAAUAAUGCUUAUUACCUGGAAAACUUGCAUUUCACCAUUGAGGGGAAAGAUACUCACUAUUUCAUCAAAACCACCACUCCCGAGAGUGACCUUGGCACCCUGAGGCUAACAAGUGGGAGAAAGGCCUUGGAAAAUGGGAUCAAUGUCACCGUUUCCCAGUCUACCACAGUGGUGAAUGGCAGGACUCGCAGGUUUGCUGAUGUUGAGAUGCAGUAUGGCGCGCUGGCACUUCACGUCCGCUAUGGCAUGACCCUGGAUGAGGAGAAAGCGCGCAUCUUGGAGCAGGCCCGACAGAGGGCCCUGGCCAACGCCUGGGCCAGAGAGCAGCAAAGGGUGCGGGACGGAGAAGAGGGAGCCAGACUCUGGACAGAGGGAGAAAAAAGGCAGCUUCUCAGUGCUGGGAAAGUACAAGGAUACGAUGGGUACUAUGUACUCUCUGUGGAGCAAUACCCAGAGCUGGCCGACAGCGCUAACAACAUACAGUUUCUUAGACAAAGUGAAAUAGGGAGGAGGUAACACACUGGCCAAGUCUGGGCCACCAAAGAGACAAUGCACCAAAGUCUUCCGAAAAGGAGACAGAACUAUCUUGCUGCAUCACUACUUGAGCCUAAACUACAUCUUUGCUCAGAAUUUUCUGUAGCACAAUUUUGAUUUGGACUCUGUGAAAGAGAAGAGCCUUCCAGGAGAAUGAUACUGCUUUAAAACAAAACAAAAGAAAACAAAAAACCCACAAAAACAAAAGAAAACAAAAAAAUUACAAAAACAAAAAAACAAAAAAAACACUUUUUUUCUGAAUGACCUUAAAGGUGAUCCGCUUUAAAGAAUAUGUUUACAUAUGCAUAUCGCUGCACUCAGUUGGACUGAAAGUAUUAAAAAGAAAAGGAAGAAAAGAAAGUGGCCUAAAACUUUUACAAUAGGCCUCCUGUUUCUUUGAGGCACUGUAUUUAACUAAGGUAAAGAUUCAUACAGUGUUUCCAAAUAUUACUGAAUUGUUGACCUUUGCUUACAAGAAGUAGUCUCUGCAUAGGAUGUGCUAUAUAUCUCUGUUAAUUUUAAAAUGUGGGGUAAAGUUACUGUUUAUAGACAACCCAACUGCUUUAAUUGUGCUGCUUUAUAAAAGGACACUGGCACAAGGGGACUUCUGCUACCGUGGGAAUUUAAUAAUGGAUUUUACAAUGAUAACAUGGUUUGCCUUGGGGGAAAAAAACUGGCAAGUGGAACCCUUGUCACUGAUAAGCAAAGGAGACCCUGAUUUUUUUGUAAAUUAUGUGAGACAAGUUGUUUAUGGAUUUUUAUAUGAAUUACAAUUUACUGUACAUCAAAUAUUAGUCUCAGAGGAGUUAAUUUAUGUAAAGUGUUUAAAAAAGUUUAUACUUAAAAAAUAAAAUGAUAAAAACAUGUGAACUGUGUGAUUUUUUAAUAAGGAUUGCACCUUUUGUUAUCUGUUAUAGCUAUACAGUAUAAAUUAUUAUAUUGUAGAGAUAUAACAACUUAUGCCUAUAAUGUCCAAAAGUGUUAAUAUUUUUGUAUUAGGUUGAGAAAUUGUACAUCUUUCUAUCACCAACAUGGAUAGGAUAGUGCAGUCCUUCGUGGGUGGCUAUCAGAGUGCAGCUUCCUUCUCCAACUUUCUAAUCAUCACUCUGGUGUCCCCACCAUUAUUUCCCAGGGGCACAGAAGCAAACUAAGGCUCGGGGAAUGGGUGGAAGCUGUAGACAACUGAAAUUUUCCUGGUCCUCUCCCAAAUGUAAAAAUAAAUGGGGAUUUGUUAUAAUUAACCACUGGGGUUUUCUUGUUAUCGUUGCAUUGGUUCUGUUAAUGGAGGCCGGAAGCUACAUUUCAAGGUAGGAGAGCAUAGUGUUGCCAGGGGCUUGGAGAAUGUUAAGACUGACUCACUAUAGUUUUAACCAGAUCAGUCACAGUGGGUGACAAAUGUGUCACUUUAAGGCACAAGGAAAGAUAAAAGAAACCAAGCCUUGUGGAGAGAGUCAAAGAGACAGCUAAUCUCGGUUCUUAAACCUCUGGGUCACACAAAGAAACUCACCAAGGGAGAUGAGAGCUUCUUAGGUCCACAUGACCAAAUCUCUGAAUGAUGUGGCUAGGCGAUAGCCUCUGCUCCAAGUCAGGGCCAGAGAAAUCAGGGUGCCACAGAUCAGACUUGAAGGUAAUCCACAGCAGCCUGUGUGUGCUAGCUUUGUAUAAGCAAGCCCAGCCCCUGUCCACAACGGGCUCGAGCCACUAUUCAAAUCUUGUUCAGAAGCACUAAAUUUCAGCCACAAAAAUAUUUUUAGAAAAUAUUUUUCAGUUCCUUGGGAUAGAGUCCACACUGUUUUUCCUCUAUGUAUAACGGUGAUAAAAUAUAGCAAGUGAACAAUGUCGUAAAUAUAAAGGUUCAAGUGAUGUAUUAAAAAUAAUUUUCUAACUGCUUUGUAUGUAUCACAUACUCUAAAUUGCACAGUAGGCGUGUUUAUUAAACAGACUGGCUGGGAGAGGUUCGAAAUAGCUACUGAAUCGGCAGUAUCAGUACUAUUACUGUAUUUGUGUAUUUGGUAGAGCAUACCGAAGUAAUUAAUCUUAUAAUGAAUGCUGAUAUUUUACUAGAAUGGAAGCACAGAUUAGCAUCAAUAUUUUUUAUCCUUGAAAGUCCUUUGGCAAGUAUGAAGAACCCCAGAUUUAGCAAACUAUGAAAUUUCAAACCACAUAAACAUGGCACUGUUUUCCAUUUUCUUUUUGAAAUGUAAACUGUUAGGUAUUUGCAAUUCUGUUAGAUGGAACCUUCAGCAGCACUGUAUUUAGUUAGCAUGUUGUAAGUGCUUUUGGUGAAAUAGGCUCAGAGUCUAAAUUCUCAGAAACGUUUCUGACCUAUUAAAUAUGAAAAGCCUAUGCCAUGUGGCAGAAGUGAAAUCAUGGUCUAUCGUCUUGACAUGUACUAGUCCUUUACAUUGGCACAGAUAAAUAACAAAUUAGAGUAUCUCUUGGUGCUUAUUUUAGAUGAAGUCAAAUCAAACCAAUUAGUGGUCUUGUUAGUAGGUAUAAUGAGCCUAUUUCUUACUAAAAAGACUUGUGAUCUGGACAUGCUUUUACAAGAAAUAGUGACCUUGGGGAAUAUGUAAACAAAAACCUUUUUUUUUUUUUAAGAUGGGGAGGGGGGAAACCUGUAUAAUGAAAAGAAUUAGCUUACAAAAAAAUAAAUUGAUAUUCAAAGUAUUUUAGGCAAAGCCAGUCAAAAAUGCUUUCAUGAUAUUUUGAGAUGUAAAUUUUGUCUGAUUUGUAUUGUUCCUUUCAUUUGCCUUCUUAACUUUAUAUGUGACCUGAAUUUUCCAUAACUUGAUGACUAUAGAUUGCAUCUAGGCAUUCCAAUAAAAGCCAACCCAAUGUG